AUGUGGUUAUCCUAUGGAUCCCUUCUCUUCGCGGCUACCGCGUGGAUAAUCGCCGUCAACGCACAAAAUGACACUGGAGACAAGUAUCCAGAGCCCGGUAGGCCGUUGGCACACAUCACCGAGCGACAUAACACAUGUGGGCAAGAGGGGAAGGCCGGUGAUUACUCAGGCUAUAUAUCAAUAGCAAUGGAGGAUAAACCCAAGGUAAACAUACCAGUCAAGGGAGAAGUCCCAACCAGAGAAUAUGCAAACAUGUUCUUCUGGUUCUUUGAAGCUCGACACAAACCCCAAGAUGCGCCCGUCGUCCUCUUCCUCAACGGCGGCCCCGGUAUCUCGUCCAUCUACAGAGUCUUUGACGGAAGCGGCCCUUGUAAUAUCGACUGGCAGGGGAACAUAGGCCCUAAUCCCCACAGCCUCAACGAGUACGCCCAUGUCCUCUACGUUGACCAACCAGUUGGUACCGGCUUCUCCUUUGGAAACGCCAGCUUCAUGGACAACCGCAAGGAUGCCAGAUACCUGCAUCAAUUCAUGCAGCACUUUUAUGUCGAGUUUCCCCAAUAUCUAAAGAACGAGUUUGGCAUCUGGACUUCGGACUGGGGCGCUACUGCUGGAAUCGCCCUCGCUCAGAGGAUCCUCAGGAAGAACUUCUCCCUCACGUGGAUUGGUGUGGGCCUAACGUACCUUGGUAUGGGCGGCCUACAGGGCGAUCCCCAGAUUAGACUCUCCAUGAUGGGUUUGGAGAGUCCCAAGAUUGAUCCCCCUUCACAGCUUGCACACAUGUACACAUACAUGGCCCAGAACCCGUGGAUUAAUGUGCAAUCGUUUGAGGACAGCGAGGAUGCACUAUCAAAGUACAUGAAAACGCUCGAGGCCGAUCUAGUAGCGUGCUCUGAGAGGAUAAAGCAGGACUGCCACGAGGAGUUGGAGGGAUAUAGGCGAGCCCUCCGCAGCUUGACAACUCCAUACGGGCUGCGGACCGAGUUUGACCUGUGGGACAUGCGAGAUGCUCGUCACAAUUCUGACAGAUCCCGCAAUAUCGGGAUGAGAAUGACACCAGCAGCAAAAUGGCUGGAAGAUCCCAAGACGCAAGCACACCUUGGAGUGACGGUCGGGAAGUUGGCGCGCGAACCCGUUAGGUUUGAGCCAUGGAACAUAACUAUACUCGGGCCCUAUUCACAAUACCAAGAGAACCUGAUAACGAACCCUCUCGGCCUCCAGUGGCUUUCGCAAAACGUGACGGUGGGACUUAAUCACAAGUUUGAAGUUGAGCCGCUGGAGUGGGACUCGUACAGCUUCAAUCUCGAGCGGGAUAAUCGGAAGCUGGCUAUUGGCGAGUGGAAGAGGCUGGGGCACUUUACGUUUGUCUCUGUCAAAGGGGCCGGGCAUGUCAUUGCGGAGAGAAAACCCAAGACGUUGGUUAAGCUCUUUUGGUCUCAUGUGAGGAACAAGCCGGCAAAAAUACCGCUUAUACCAUGGAGGAAAGACAAGGAGAUCAUUGAAGAGCAUAACUGGGAUCAGGAGAGUUGA